CGCUAUUUUUGAUAAUCCUUCCCUCGAUUAGCCGUCACUCGACGGCAUUUGGUUAUCCCGAAUUGUUUCGACGGCAACCGCAAAUGAUUUUGCCGUCCUGUAGGAAAUGUUUUACAUGUUGCAAGCACGUCGCACACGACAACCCGGGUGAAAUUGACGGGGGAGUUACAUUCAUGAUAUUUCAGCCAUGUGACGUCACCCAGCGGAAUUCUCCUGUCGAAUGAGCAUUGAAUACUGAUGUGGUAUCUCAUAGCCACAUGCUAAUAUCUUUUAUGCAGUGUGUCGAGCGCUUAACGGCAGCAUUCGUCAUCGUCCUUGAAGUGAAGCACAACGACAGGAAUCGCGGAGUAGGAUUUUCUCCAGCUUUGAGGCUGCCAUCAUGCCGCGAGCGUUCUUAAUCAAGGCCAAGAAGGAGAAAAAGAAGGAGGAAGAACAGGCAUCUCAGCUCGAACACCAACACGGACAAUUUUCCAACGAAGUUGCUGAUCCCCAGAGCAACGAGAUCGUGCACUCAUCGAGACCAGAGGAUCAAAUUUCAUCGUCUACAGACCCUCACUUACUGCCCUCUAGUCUCCAUGCUAAGCGAAAGCAUUCGCAGAGCGAAGCAGAAUUAGACGAACGGGAAAUAAGUGCUGCUUCGCGUCUCAGCCAAGCCGAUGUUUACGUCUCGAACAAAAAUGCCGUCGCAGAAAUUUCACGCGCGGGAAACAAAGUUAUAUCGAGGAAAACGCGUAAGAGAAACCCGAAGAAGUCCGUAGUUUAUUACUACAAAGUUGCUCAAGAACCCAAAGAAGGGAGAGGCGAACUGCCUCAAGGAGUUGGCCACGACGCAAGUUCGCGCAGGGACGUUCCGCAUGACGGGCAAGCGCCUCGCACGACUUUUUCAUCGCAUCAAAGGAAACAUAAUUAUGCAGCGGCGGCAAACUGCAAGCAAGUCAAAUCUCAGGGGAACCCCCACGGCGACUAUCAGUUCAAUCCGCCCACGCAUUCAGCGAGAUGUCAAGAAAAGUCCACACGAUUUGAAUAUCAAAAGGCCAUCUAUCGAGAAAGCCCAACGCAAUUUAAUUAUGCAGAGACUGGCGGCAAAUUCUCGCGCGAGAGACACGAAGCGGCGCCAACGGUGAACAACGUGGGCUUGGACAAUGUAAAGAUCGUCGAAGUUCACUCCAUCGGGCAAAAGAUGGACAUUGUUUAUCCAGAUAAAUCAAGAAAUAGCCCAGCUGUGCCUUCACAUCGCCCAAAUGAAGAUUACCGUGGAAAUGUGUCUGCAGCUAAUGUACCAGCUUCUUCUCCAGCAACAACAAAUUACAUCCAGAGAAAAGAGCCAUUGCCUCAGGAGACAGCACCAGUGCAAACCUCUGUAUCUUCUGUGAAACCUGUUGUCCAUUACCUCCCGGUGUAUGCUAUUCCAAGUUCCAAUGGAGUACAAUAUCAGGCAGUCCCUGGAGCUGCUAUUCUUGAGAAGGUGUCAGGUUCUCCUAAUUUAUAUGCACCAGUGGGAAAUAACAGUGAGGCCAAGCCGCAGCCUACAUAUCAGCAACAGGCUCCUCCCACGGCACCACAACAGCCCCCAGCACAGUCACAAGUACCGCCAGCCAUGCCCCAUCAACCACAGGUACAGGGGCCAUCACACACUCAGCAUCACUUGCCCCAGCAACAGCCUCAGGGUCCUGUUGUGUAUCAACCAAGAAUGAUGUCUAGCCCAGGAGCAGCUCACACUGUGCCGCCAUCGCCAAUGGUUCAGCCUGGUUACCCACCACAGCCAAGUAAUGCUCCAGUGGCUUCUCUGCCGUACCCUCCACCAGAUCCAAGAAUCACUAGAUCACAAGCUUAUCCACCUCACACAGCAGCUCAGCCAGUCUCCGCUCCCCCAUAUGUUGUGACGAAGUCAGAACCAGUGUCGCCUCAACAGUUGUCACCUCCUGGUCCUCCAGUUGUUACAUCUCAGCCAUAUCCUGUCCCUGUGCAAGCAGUGGGGCCGCCUCAGCCUCAGCACUACCAUGUGCCAAAUCAAACGGUUCCAGGGCAACAUCCAUACCCUCCACAGGAUCAGAAAUUGACAAGACCACCAAUGUACCCACCCCAAUAUCAAGUGGCACCAAACCAGACCCCCUACCCAGUUCAUGUUAUACCUGCACAGCUGCCAUAUCCACCAGCUACCCAGCAGGUGCCCACCAGCCAGCCUGCACCACCAGGGCAGACAACUUCAGGGCCAGUGCCUUCUCCUCAACAUCACUAUCCACACGAGAGACCACCUCAGUCUUAUUACCCACCUCACAGUGCUCCAGCAGUACAGUACCAGGCUGAAAAGCCAGCUCCAGUGGCAGUCCAUUAUUAUCCAGUGAAUAGACCUCCAACUGAAUUACCAGUUGUGCAGCAGUAUCCAGAUCAGAAACCGGUGCAUUUACCAUCGCUUCCAUACCCUGUUGAGAAUACAAGCCAGCCACCUACUCCUCAGUAUACCCCUGAUGGUGAAGACAAACAAAAGUUUGUUUACGCCCCACCACCCCCAGACUUUAUGCGCAGUCCUGUGUACAGGGUUCCAGCAACUGAGGUACCUACGAUGGUUCAGCCAAGCCAGCCAUCAAACCAGCCACCAAAGGGAGCAAAGAGGAGAAAAACAGCAAUGCCUCAUCGUGAAAUCAAAGACAAUUCUUCCCCACAGGAGAGCCACCCACAGCAGAGUGCCAGCCCGGAACUCCAGUGCAAAGAGAGGAUGACCAAAUCUCCUGGUCACAAUCCUGCUCUGAACAAAUCCAGCUGUGUUAUCACUCCUCCUGGUUCACCACAAGAUGACGAAAGUGGUUCAUACACUGUAGUCAUGAGAGAUUAUGGCAUCCAGGCUGGGCCGCCAACUGAACAGGGCACAUGGACUGUGAAGGUGGAAUCUGCUGCUCCCCGUGUCUACAUUUCUGAAAAAGAAGCUCUUGCACAUUCCAAUGGUGAAGGCACGUGGGAUGGAGAGGAAGAGUAUGAAAUGGAAGAAGAGGAGGAGGACGAGGACGAGGACUACAGCGAAGUUGAUGGGGAUGAUGAGGCCUACAGCCCGACUCAGAAGGAAAACCGCUCUCCUGGAGGUUUUCCCAAUGUUGAUGAAAAUGGAAACCCACUUCCCAGAAAAGGCAGGAGGAGAAAUGCAAAGUACACCUGCAAAUUCUGCCGAAAGGGAUUCCAGUGGUACUCACACCUGACGUCACACGAACGCACCCACACUGGAGAGAAACCAUUCAAAUGCCCUGAAUGUUCUAGAGCGUUCACGCGUGCAGAUGGACUGCAAUGUCACAUGCUGGUGCACAGCAAAAAGAGGCCGUUCAAGUGUCACUACUGCAGCAAAGGCUUUAAUGACAAUACGAGCUUGGAAAAGCACACCUACAGUCAUACUGGAGUGAAGCCCUUCAAAUGUGAAUAUUGCGGACGUGCUUUCAGUGACUCUCAGUCCAUUGAGAAACAUUUGCUUGUCCACAUAGGUACAAAGCCGUAUAAAUGCCAGUUUUGCGUUCGGUCUUUUAAUGAUUCUCAAAUGCUAGUUAGGCAUAUUCGUAGCCACACUGGCGAGAAACCAUUUAAGUGCCAGCAUUGCCAAAUGGCAUUCAGCAAACAAAGCGCACUUGUUAUUCACACAAGAGUUCAUACGGGGGAAAAGCCAUAUCAGUGCCCUCAUUGCUCAAAGUGCUUUUCAAUUUCUGGCAAUUUACAGCGUCAUAUUCUUAUACACACAGGGGAAAGGCCAUAUCGGUGUUCCAAAUGUCCAAAGGCUUUUAACAACCCUAGUCACUUGUCUCGUCAUAUCAGUAAGCUUCAUGCUCCGCAAGUGAAACCUGAGGGAGUUGUUGAUAAUCGGCCAAGUUUUAGUGUACCGGGAAGUAAUACCAGUGAGCCUAUCCAUGCAUAAGUUAUUUAAUGUUUGUUAAUUAGCCUGAGAUAGAUUUUCAAGAUGUUGCCUACAAACAUUUUACUAGUAUUUAUUAGCAUUCCAUUAGUUCAUUCAAACACUGAGCAGGUAGUGAAUUUUUCCACACCCCAUUUAGUAAAUUCAUCCUGCUAUGCAAGACAGUGUUUGUGGUAUCACUGUACAUCUUAGGUAACUUGCUCACUUAUUUCAUGAUUGUUUGGAAUCAUAGUAUAUUACAUCCCUAACAGUGAAAAAAAUAAUCAAGUUUAGCAAUGCAUCCAAUAAUACGAAAACUUUGAUAAUAAUUAUAUCCUCAAAAUGCUGUUAGAAUUUGUUACAGUUCAUCAUAUCUAUUUUUUGAGACUGCUUUAUAUAAUAAUAAUAUUAUUUUCCUAGAAGGGGACCACAGAUGUAAAUAUAGAUUUGUCAUAUAACUAAAAUAGAUAACUAUUUGGAUGGGGAAAUAUUUUUAUAAAUACUUAUGCUAGUGUGGCAAAAAAUAUUUAUUUUGAGACUAGAUUUUCUUGAGACAGAAAUGUAGAACACUUGUUAUCACGACUGAGUUGGUGAUUAUUUUUUGUCAGUCAAGACACAUAUUUAGAUAAAAGGUGAAAAUUGUGUGACUUUGUAAAUAAAUAGUUUUAUAAAGAAA